UUCUGGAUAUUUUUCGUAUACUAAAGCAGCUUUUAAGGAAUAAGGAGGUUGAGGAAAGACUAGAAGAGAGAGAAAGAAGCACAAAAUGUCUGCAGGAGAGGACGAGGUACGACGCUUGGAUCAGAGGAUAGAUGAAGUGACCGAUGAGACCCUGGAAUCCACCCGGAGGAUGCUUAACAUGGCCGUUGAUACCAACCAAAUCGGAGUGGACACUCUAGUGACCUUGAAUGAACAAGGAGAGAAGCUUGACAAUGUUGAGAGGAGGCUGGAUGAGAUGAACGUUGAUCUCAAAAGAGCCGACAAGAAUUUGAAAGAGAUAGAGAAAGUCUGUGGUUGCUGCUCGUGCCCUGGUGGACCCAGGAGUGUGACUAAAUCAAAAGACUACCAGAGGACUUAUGGGAAGAAGGCUAAGGACCCUGUGGUCACCAGUCAGCCAAGGACUGAUGCACCAAGAGGAGGAGGAGGAGGAGGAGAGGGAGGAUACAUCAAGAGAGUCACUGGAGAUGAGAGAGAAGAUGAAAUGGAUCAGAACCUUCAAGCUGUAGGUAAUAUUCUUGAUAAUCUUCAUGGUAUAGCAGUUGAUAUGGGCGAUGAGUUAGACCGACAGAAUGUACAGCUUGAGCACAUCAACAAGAAGGCAGCUGUCAAUGAAGUUCAUAUUGCCCAAGCCAAUUAUCGCAUGAAACAACAGCUCUGAGAUCUAACAAAAACAACCAUAACGAUGAUUAUUCAAAUGCCACUAACUGAUUAAUAAUGAUAAUCAUUUAUCGUUAUUAAAAUUUUUAUUACUUGUGCUGUGACAGUAAAAUUAAGUAACGUAACCCGUCUCUAUUAUUAUUAUUAUUAUUAUUAUUAUUAUCAAUAUUAAAAAUAAGUAAACAUUAUUUUGUAAUUCCUUUAGUAUUUAUAAUAAUUUUUAAUUUUGAAAUUUGAGACACUUACAUAAUUAUAGUUCAGAUCAAUAUAAAA